GUCACUUGAACCCCGAGAUCUGAGCCUCUACUUUAGUCAUUCCUCUUUGGCUUCGGCUGAGUGACUUGUGAUUUCUGACUGUCAAAAACUCUGAAAAGGAAAUGGGUCAGAAUCAGUCUGGAGCAGGCGGUACAGGUGAUAAAAAAGAUGACAAAGACAAGAAAAAGAAGUACGAGCCCCCGAUUCCUACUCGCGUGGGCAAGAAGAAGCGCCGAACAAAGGGUCCAGACGUGGCUUUGAAGCUGCCACAAGUGACUCCACACACCAGAUGCAGAUUGAAGCUCCUAAAGCUAGAGAGAAUAAAGGACUAUCUCCUCAUGGAGGAGGAGUUCAUCAGGAACCAAGAAAGGCUCAAGCCCCAAGAGGAGAAGAACGAGGAGGAGAGGUCCAAGGUCGACGACCUGAGGGGCACCCCCAUGUCUGUGGGAACUCUCGAGGAGAUCAUCGAUGACAACCAUGCCAUUGUCUCGACGUCUGUUGGGUCUGAACACUAUGUAUCCAUUCUAUCGUUCGUGGAUAAGGACCAGCUAGAGCCAGGGUGUUCUGUUCUGCUUAAUCACAAGGUUCAUGCUGUUGUGGGGGUCCUUGGGGAUGACACUGAUCCCAUGGUUACGGUUAUGAAGCUGGAGAAGGCACCUCAGGAGACUUAUGCUGAUAUUGGAGGUCUUGAUACUCAGAUCCAAGAGAUAAAAGAGUCCGUGGAACUCCCCCUGACGCACCCAGAGUACUACGAGGAGAUGGGCAUCAAGCCUCCCAAAGGAGUGAUCCUCUACGGCCCUCCAGGGACCGGGAAGACUCUCCUGGCGAAGGCAGUGGCCAAUCAGACUUCAGCGACGUUCCUCCGAGUCGUUGGGUCUGAACUUAUCCAGAAGUACCUCGGGGACGGACCCAAACUCGUUCGGGAGCUGUUCAGAGUCGCUGAGGAGCAUGCACCCUCUAUCGUUUUCAUUGAUGAAAUAGAUGCUGUUGGGACGAAACGGUAUGACAGUAACUCCGGGGGCGAGAGGGAGAUCCAGAGGACUAUGCUGGAGCUUUUGAAUCAACUGGAUGGAUUCGACAGUCGUGGAGAUGUAAAAGUAGUGAUGGCAACAAAUAGAAUCGAGACCCUGGACCCAGCCCUCAUCCGUCCAGGUCGUAUAGAUCGAAAAAUUGAGUUUCCACUGCCCGAUGAAAAGACCAAACGUCGGAUCUUCAGCAUUCACACGAGCAGAAUGACCCUGGCACCAGAUGUGAACCUCGGAGAGCUCAUAAUGUCCAAGGACGACCUCUCCGGGGCUGAUAUCAAGGCAAUAUGCACUGAGGCUGGGCUCAUGGCGCUCAGGGAACGCCGCAUGAAGGUCACGAGUGAUGAUUUCAAGAAAUCCAGGGAGAGUGUCCUCUACAGGAAGAAAGAGGGCUCACCCGAAGGCCUCUACUUGUAAAAUCCUAGAUCAUUUAAUUCUCAAAAAUUCAUCAUUCGACUUUUUUUCUAAUUUUCAGUUAUUCAUGGUGUGAGCCACGUGUAUUCGUAUGUUUAAUAAAAUGAAAGGAAUUAAUUAUUCUAA